AAAUUUAAAUUUGCCAGGUUUAGGUCAAAAGAUUAUCCGUGACAAUUCUCGAGUAAAAAUAGGAAAGUUUUAGGCUUUAGCUUUAUUACGGCUGGCCUCCCUCCCUUACUCACCUGUUUUUAGGGUUUCAUUGAUUUGGGUUUGCUGAGUAUCGUCGCCCCCCAGAACUUUCUUUACUUCCACUUUUUGCCAGAACAUUCUGCAUCUCGAUGUUUGGAGUCUUUUGUUUCUUUUAAGGUUUCAUCUCAAGGCAAGCAGAAAGAAGAACCGGUUUCUGGUGGUUCUUUCUAAACCGAUCGAUUCAUUUCUAGGUCCCCAGAACUUUGGGGGGAUUAGGGUUUUUGCUUUGAUGGCUCUGUAAAUGUUUCUAAAUUCCUGCUGUUUUUUGAAGGGAGAGCAGGAAUUAUCUAUGUUUUUAGUACUCUAAGGUUUAGAUGUGUUAAAAAGUUAUGAGAUAUUCUUCUGCAUAUAGUAGUGACUUUUGUGUUCUCUGUAAUAGACUGUUCGAAGCAAAAUUGCUUUGCUUAAGAGGAUAAGAUGCCAUCUACUUAUUUUUGGAGACUGAGGAGUGCAGUUCAGAAUGGAAUUCAGAGAACAGAGUGCGGGAGUCAGGAUUCAAUAGAAGUUCUGAUAGGUACAGGGAAGCUUGGGUUUGGGAAUUACAGGUUUUUUCACUCUUUAAGAUUUUCGAGGCUUGUGGAUUUGCGAGGACUUUUGCAACCCGGGACUGUUUUGGCUGCAAGAUCUGAUUCUCACUUGGCUAACCGAAGAAGGAACAUUUCUGUUGUGGGAGCAGUUUCUCGAACCAUAUCUGUUCCAUCUGUUUCAGGCCCUGCUUUCCAGGUUUGUGGGUAUCAUAUUGAUAGUGUACUUGCUGACUCCAGUCAAAUAUCGUCAGUGAGCAAAUUACAGAGUAAACCUAUGGCUGCUUCUGGUUCUAGAGUUGUAAUCGGUGGAUAUCUUGUUGAUACAUCAAAGCUAAAGCAUGAGCACCUUUCAUCAUCAAAAAGUAGUACCAACAUCUUUUACAGCAAUAAAAGUUUGAAUAGCUGCAUACAAGCUAGAAUGAGUUUGAAAAACCCUGAGAAACCUAACAAUUCACCAAUAUAUGGAUAUUUCAUGUAUAGUGUUGGAAAAAGGUGGUGCAAUUUUGAUAGUCUGUUAGGUUCAGGUUCCAGUGCUUUCCAUAGCUCAUUGCAUUGUUUAUCAGCGGGGACUUUGCCUGAUGUUUCCUUUGAUAAUUCCGGAAGUGAGGAACAGGGUAACAAUUCCUCCGUGUCAUCAGAAGAGAAGAUUUCUGCUGGCAAAACUCUGACGCUGCUUUCGGGAUCAUGUUAUCUUCCCCAUCCUGACAAAGAAGAUACUGGAGGAGAGGACGCACAUUUCAUAUGUGCAGAUGAACAAGCAGUAGGUGUAGCAGACGGAGUUGGUGGCUGGGCAGAUCUAGGUGUCGAUGCAGGUCUGUAUUCUCGGGAACUCAUGUCUAACUCCGUAUCUGCUAUCCGAGAGGAGCCCAAAGGUUCAAUUGACCCUGCAAGAGUCUUAGAGAAAGCUCACUCUAGCACAAAAGCUAAAGGUUCCUCAACAGCGUGCAUCAUAGCACUCACAGACCAGGGUCUUCAUGCUAUAAAUUUGGGGGACAGUGGUUUUAUGGUUGUUCGAGAUGGAUGCACUAUAUUUAGAUCCCCUGUUCAGCAGCAUGAUUUUAACUUCACAUAUCAACUUGAGAGUGGAAGUAAUGGUGAUUUACCUAGCUCUGGUCAGGUCUUUGCAGUUCCUGUUGCUCCUGGAGAUGUUAUCAUUGCUGGCACAGAUGGACUGUUCGAUAACUUGUACAAUAACGAAAUUACUGCAGUGGUGGUUCAUGCGGUGAGAGCUGGUUUGGGGCCUCAAGUGACUGCUCAGAAGAUAGCAGCAUUGGCAAGGCAACGAGCACAGGAUAGAGACCGACAAACACCUUUCUCCACUGCUGCUCAAGAUGCUGGAUUCCGUUAUUAUGGUGGAAAGCUUGAUGACAUUACUGUUGUUGUGUCAUACAUUACCAGCUCCGAAGAAUUAAUGCAGGAGAACAAGUCUAGAUGAAGUUAGUGAAGCUGGUAUGGCCUGUGAUCCAAAUUUCGUUUAUCAGUUGAUCAGUUGGCAUUGGGCGAUGGAAUGGAUGAUUGGAUCUUUGUUUUGUACUAUAGUUAGCAAUCAACCAACUUUCCCCCUCUUCUUUUUGAUGAAUUAUUCUUUUACCAUAUGCUUCCGUCAAGUUCCUUUCCUCUGGAUCCAUAUUCAAACCACAACAUUUGUAAAUAUAUAUUGCUGGUAGACUAUUUCUUUAUGAAAUUAAAUGUUGUUGCUGGAAAAUAAAAAUCAAAUAUAA